AUGUAUGCUGCUCUGCUACCGGCCUUCGCCGAACCGCCCGUAUUGCAGUUUGAGAACUACAUUGCCCAAAACAUUUUGGAUAAAAUUUUACAUGAGAAAAAUCUUACAAUCCCACUUGAGGAAGCCGAUUAUCUACCCCCUGAUUUCGCACCUGGUACGUCAGAUGUGAGAUGCCGUAGGGUCCUAACACGGCAUUAUCAAGGCUUCCUCUACGCACUUGUGGAGAACAGCGGUUGUUCAAUCGAGAGUGUUGCAGAUGUUCCUCUGGAUGACCUCAGCGGUCAUCUGUUCGGUCCACUUGGGGACCGUACGAUAGACACAACGGCUAACAAGACCAAUGCGAGGACACCAGCUAGUUGCAUACAAGCUAAGAUACAAGCCAAAUGUCCUGUUUAUUUAGCUUAUGCAGAAUGUGUGUUUACGAAAUAUAUGAGCUUUGGUAAAACUAAUGCCAAACUUACACUUCCGAAGCGACCUUCCAUUGAUCAGACUUUCGGAGCUCGGUUUCUAGAAUACAUUGAGGGCAUAGCAAAAAAUGUUCCCAGAUUGAUAGACGAGACGGUGACUCAUUUAUGUAGAUUUGUGAACACAGCUUGCGGAUCUCUUAAUCCACAGUUUGAGGACACGUUAUCCUUCAGGUUGCAACAUGUUUGCUCUCUUUUCGAUGUAUUUACACCGUUGGCUGAUUACUCUACUAUGUAUAGCCCCGAAUUAUCGGAGGAACAACGACUUGAGAUAAGUGAGUUGGAUCGUGAAAUGCGCGAGGCAAUGUUUUAUGCGCCAAUAGAGAACGUGUUUUUUUCACCAUUAGGGGUGCCUUACGAUACAUCAAUAAACGCAAAACAUAUACUUGACGCCUAUUUUGAUAAACUAUGCCAAAAGCGCUGUGACUACAUUACUACCAUGUUAAACAUUUCAUCCGAUUGGACUAAGUUGAGUGUAUUAGGUCAACAACAGCAGAUGCUUAUAUGUGCUAAAUUGGUGGUAACAUGUAACGGAUGUCAAAGUUGUGAAAAAAUGGGCAUAAAGGUAAGAAAUGACGACAUAAUCGAUACGUAA